AACUUUAGUAUGCAUCAAACGCGGCAUUGAAUCAGAAUAGUGACAGGUCAAAAUACAGACAUUAUGGCGGACGAACGAAUGGAUGAGUCCCGUAAAACCAUGAAAAUCACGGUUAAAACACCAAAAGACAAGCAGGAAAUGGAAAUAGAUACUAAUGCUCAUGUUAAGGAGUUAAGAGAAAUGGUGUCACAGAAAUUCAAUGCUCCAGUUGAACAGCUUUGUUUAAUAUUUGCUGGAAAAAUACUGAAAGAUGAAGACACUCUAGAACAGCAUCAAAUAAAAGAUGGUUUGACAGUUCAUCUUGUCAUCAAAUCAUCAAACAGAUCCCAAGAACAAGCUGCACAGAGAGCUGCCCCUAUCCCUAGUCCAUCACCUGGAGGAGGAUCAAUACCUAGUUCUACACCUGGGUCACAGCCUGAUGUAGGACAGACCCCAUUUGGACUUGGUGGCCUUGGAGGUUUAGCAGGGCUUGGUAACUUGGGGAUGGGAUCAGCUAACUUUAUGGAGAUGCAACAAAGAAUGCAAAGAGAGAUGAUGGGUAACCCAGAUAUGAUGCGGCAGAUGAUGGAUAAUCCAAUGGUCCAAAACUUGAUGUCUAACCCUGAUGUGAUGAGACAAAUGAUUACUAGUAAUCCACAGAUGAGAGAACUAAUGGAGAGAAAUCCAGAGAUAACACACAUGCUGAACAACCCAGAACUCAUGAGACAGACCAUGGAACUAGCAAGAAACCCAGCCAUGAUGCAGGAAUUGAUGAGAUCGCAAGAUAGAGCUAUGAGUAAUUUAGAAAGUUUGCCAGGUGGAUUUAAUGCCUUACAAAGAAUGUACAGAGAUAUACAAGAACCAAUGUUGAAUGCUGCUCAGGAGGGAAUGGGACAAAAUCCAUUCUCCGCUUUAAUGGGAGGCGGAACAGACAGUGAACAACAGGGUAGAGAAAAUACAGACCCAUUGCCAAACCCCUGGGCUCCAGGAUCAACUCAGUCACCUAGUACCCCCUCCACAACAUCAACCCCAGCCACAUCUUCUGGGACAUCAUCAACACCUAGACAGCCAACAGGAAUGUUUGAUAGCCCAGGAAUGCAGAGUUUAAUGUCCCAAAUUACACAAAACCCACAAUUAAUGGAAAAUAUGUUACAAGCUCCGUACAUGCAGGCCAUGUUGCAGAAUUUAUCGUCAAAUCCAGAAAUGGCACAAAAUAUGUUGUCUGCUAAUCCAAUGUUUGCUGGUAACCCCCAGUUACAGGAACAAAUGAGAACACAGCUACCUAACAUGGUACAACAGAUGCAAAAUCCUAAUGUACAAAGUUUUUUGACCAACCCCAGAGCAAUGCAGGCCAUGAUGAGAAUUCAGGAAGGCAUGCAAGAACUUGAACAAGAAGCUCCAGGAUUGUUUCCAGGGAUGAAUCCAUUGUUAACAAGACCUGGACAAACAACAACAGACACACCUACCACAGGAUCAACAUCCACCUCCAUGACGAGUCCAACAUCACCGUCAACAGAUAGUACCUCAACCACAACAACAGCGGAUACUACAACAUCAACAACUACCACCCCAUCAACACCAGCACCAGUACCAGGACAAGGUCCAGAACAGAUGUCAAAUUUAAUGGCUCAUAUGAUGAGUUUAAUGGCCCAAGGAACUAAUAAUCAACCACCAGAACAGAGAUAUGCUACAGAAUUAGAACAGAUGGCUGCUAUGGGAUUUAUUGAUCGGGAACAGAAUCUCAGAGCAUUGACAGCUUGCAUGGGAAAUGUAAAUGAUGCUAUAGACAGAAUUUUAUCUUCAAGAAGCUGAAUCUUUUUGUUUAGUAUUAUUGUAACUGUGAAUUAUUUGUGUUAUAAAACUACAUUUUCUGAAUACUUCAAAUCUUAUCUAGAUUCAAUGAUUAGCUGUAAACCCAUGCUAUUUUUAGUCUUUGUGGGGAAUUCCCUCAAAGACAUCAACGUCAGUGUUUAACAAUUUCCUAUAGUGUCAACAAUCAUCAACAGACUGGAAACAGAUUCAUUUUUUCAUUGCAGUUUCCAAAUUUUUAAAAUAGAUUUGUUAUAUAUAUUUCAAUUUGUUUAUACAUGUAUCACUGUAAAAAAUUGUUUCAUUAAAAAAAAGAAACCCAAUAAUUUGCUUGACCAUCACACACGGCUUGGGUUUAAUGAAAUUGAAUGCAGAAAUUUAUCUGUUAAUUACAGUACAAAUAUUCCAAAACUUUAGUAAAUUUAUGAUUUUUAGGGUAAUUUUAUGAGGACUAGUUAUGGAAUGAUUUUAUAAUCAGAGAUGUUUAUAUGAUAAGAUGAGAUUUUACUUGCCAAUGAAUUAAACAGAACAAAUGAAAGAUAUAUCACUCAGUUUAAUUGUAAACAUAUAUUUGUCUUUAGUACCAAACAAACUGAUUCUUCUAUAAAUUCAGAAAUUUUGGCUUUGCAUGCAUUUUUUAUUGGGAUUUUUAAAGGAUGUACAAAGGUGCAAGAUUGGUUAUUGCAAUUUAAGGAAAAGCUGCAUACAAAUAUAUGCAUAGGAUAUAAGAAUGCUAGUUCUUAAUAUUGCGAUACAAAACCCAAGACUUUAAAAUGAUUUUGAAAUUUACAAUUUUUAUAUCAAAAUGUCGUAUUGACCAAUUUAACUCAAAACAUUGACCAUUGAUGGUUUCUUAAUUCCAAAUUAUCACAAUUAUGUGCAGGAAAGUGAAUUCUUUAUAAAUUCUUAAUAGACAAAGAUAAAAUAUUUUGUUUAUGAGUUAUAAGUUUCAAUAACAUUGUCUAAUAAGCAAUAUGUUUUUCCUGGUUACUAUAGUUGAACAAUAUUUUAGUUGUCAGACAAUCAGUUACCCAAAUAUUCAAACUUAAAAGUCAAUGAUCUUUUGUUAUUGAAUUACAUGGCAAAUUAAUUAUUGGUUAAAACAUAAUACUAGUGUACUCAAAUAACAUAGUAAUGAAUCUGUCAGACAUGUUAAUUCUGUAAACAGAAUGUGUACUAAAUCCUUUUAAAAAAAUAAGCACAGAUCAAACAUACUAUUAUAUUUUGUAAUUCACAUGUUCUUAUGUAAAUGCCACUUGCCAUGUGUAAUCAUAUAACACAUUGACUUUUAAUAUCUUCCAAAUGAAAUGUUAUAUGUUGACAUGAAUUGAAAAUUUGUAAAGUUUGUCAGUUCAUGAAAUAAUAGAUCACUUUCUUAUAGCUUAAAUUGAUCAUCAUAAACAAACAUACAUUUUGGAAACACAGAAAUAUCCUUUACUAUGCAUCAACACUUUUCUAAUUUCUGAAAGUACUGAGGAACAGUACAGAGUUCAAUGGUUCAAAGCAUUUAGCUUGAUAAAGUGUUCAUCUUAUGUGUCCACAAUAAUGUCAUUCAAUCAAACUGUAAGUUAAAUUACAUACCAAUAACUUCAUUGAUUGAAUUUAUUCUGAGGCACUUUUUAUGUAGUGAUGGGUGGAACUUAUUAAUAUUGUUUUAACAAGGGAGAGAUAUAAUAGUAUUUUGCUUGAACAAGGGACAAAUAUUAAUAUUUUAAUGGGGCAGAUAUUAAUAUUUUGGUUGCAUAAGGGAUGUAUAUUAAUAUUUUGACUGAACUGGCAAUGUUAGCAGUUUACGUUGUGGCAAUAGGGUGGGAUAUAGAUAAAUGAGUUAUUUCCCCUUUGUUAUAUGUUAAAUACAAAUAUUUGUUCUGUUAACCUUUGAACUGUAUGUCUUUAUCAUGUCAUCAAUCUGUAUAUGUAAUUAAAAGAUUUUACAUUAAAAUUGUAAUUUAUGGA